AUGAAAAGUUCUUCUCAAAUAUCGUCAAUAACUGAUCAAACAUUAAAACAUAAUUCAAAACAAGAUUCAUCAAUUGAUUUAACUGACGUUCCAAUAAUCUCUGUUGGUUUAACACGUUAUCCACAUCAUAAUCAUAGAAUGUUGACAGACGACGAAGAAGAAGAUAUUGAAGACGAAACUAGUGAUGAAGAAGAUGAUGAUGAUGAUGAAGAUGAUAUACCAUCACCAUUUAUUUCUCAUACACAUUUAUCUUUAAAUAAUAAUCAUAAUGAUGAUAUAGAUAUUGGCCCAAUUGAUCCUGAUACACAAGCAAAAUUAGCAGCUAUACUUGAAGCAACUGGUAUAACAAAUUCUCCAAUACCGGAAGAUUUUUGGCGUGAUCAACAAGUUGUACGUUUAUUAACAAGUAGUGUAACAAAUAAUUUCAAUGGUUUACAUGAAAUAGCAAAUGUUUUAUCUUCUUCAUCCUCAUCAGCAAUAUCACAAAAUGAUAAAAAAUCAUCGAAAUUAUUAAAUAAAGAUUCCGGUGUAUUACUUCGUGCAUGUGUAAAUAAUGAUCUUCAAACAGUUGAAAAAAUUCUUCAAACAAAAAAUAUAAAAGAAUAUUUAAAUGAUAUUAAUGAAGAUGGUGAUAGUAUUUUAUCAUUAGCUUGUUCAAAUGGUUAUAUUGAUUUAGUUGAACUUAUACUUCGUACAAUACCUGAUAUUGCUGUUGAUGAUAGAGGAAAUAAACAAGAUUGUACACCAUUAAUGGAAGCUUGUAAUGCUGGUCAUUAUGAAAUAGUUGAACUUUUAAUAAAAUAUAAAGCAAAUGUAAAUAUACAAUCAACAUCAGGGAAUACAGCAUUACAUUAUGCAGCAGGAGGAGGUUAUGUUGAUAUUGUACGUUUGUUACUCAAACAUGGUGCAAAGGUUGAAGAAACUAAUGAAAAUGGUCAUACUCCAUUAAUGGAAGCAGCUGGUGGUGGACAUGUUGAAGUUACUCAAUUAUUACUUGAUCAUGGUGCUGGAACAAAUAAUCAAUCAAAAGAUAAAAAUGGAAAUAAAACUGAUGAAAUGCAUACAGCUUUAAUGGAAGCAUGUAUGGAUGGUCAUGUUCAAGUAGCAAGAUUAUUACUUGAUCAUGGUGCAGAUGUUAAUAUGCCACCAGAUAGUUAUGAAAGUCCAUUAACAUUAAGUGCAUGUGGUGGUCAUUUUGAACUUGCUUCAUUACUUAUUGAACGUGGAGCAAAUUUAGAAGAAGUUAAUGACGAAGGAUAUACACCAUUAAUGGAAGCGAGUAGAGAAGGACAUGAUGAUAUUGUUAAUUUACUUGUUUCAAAAGGAGCUUGUGUUAAUCGAACAACAGAAGAAGCACAAGAAACUGCAUUAACACUGGCAUGUGCUGGUGGAUUUUUGGAUGUAGUUAAAAUUCUUCUAUCUAAUGGAGCAAAUAUCAAUUUGGGCCAGUCAACUCCUCUUAUGGAAGCAUCACAAGAAGGACAUAUAGAACUUGUACCAUAUCUUAUAGAAAAUGGUGCAAAUGUUAAUCAAACAACUCGAGCUGGAGAUACAGCAUUGGGUUAUGCUUGUGAAAGUGGACAUACGGAAGUAGCAGAGAUAUUACUUAAUGCUGGUGCACAUAUUGAUGACGCUGAAAAUGAAGGACGAACACCUCUAAUGAAAGCAUCACGAGCAGGACACAUAUGUACAGUACGAUAUUUAAUAUCGAAAGGAGCCGAUGUUAAUCGAUCAACAAUUACAAAUGAUGCAACUGUUCUUUCAUUAGCAUGUGCUGGUGGACAUUUUGAAUUAGCAACAAUUUUACUUCUAAAUGGUGCAGAUCCAAAUCAUCUACUUAAAGAUCGUUCGAAUUGUUUAAUUGAAGCAGCUAAAGGUGGUCAUACAGCUAUUGUUCAACUAUUAUUAGAAUAUCCAAAAAGUAUUUUAAAUUGUACAAUAAAUCCAAUUAAAACAAAUGAAGAUGAUGAAGAUGAAGAUGAAGAUGACGAUGAUGAUGAUGAUGAUGAAGAAAAUUUAACAGUAACAAUGCCAAAUUCGUUUCCUUUACCAUCACCACCAUUAAAUGAAUCAAGUUUAAAAUUAGGAGGAAAUGAUGAUAAACUAUCUGAGAUAAAUAAUUCCUCAUUUACAUUACUUGAACGUUUAGAAAAAAUUGUUCCAAGAAAUAUUCUUGAAGUAUUAAAAACUGUUGAAGUUGAUUCUAAUGAAUUAUAUAUGGAUAAUAAUACUACAGAUAUAUCAGAUCGAUUACCAUUAUCAACAAAUGAUGGAACAUCAUCAACGAGUACUGAUCAAGCUAAAAAACUUUAUUUAUUAGAACAACUUCAAAAUGUUGAAAAAGAAUUACAUGAUAAAGCUCAACAACAUCUUAAACUUAAUCAAGAAUAUCGGCAACAAGUUACUGAAUAUAUAAAUUCAAAUCCUACAUCAACAUCUAAUCCACUAAUAGCAACUAAAAAGAAACGUACAACUUCAUCAUCAUCAACAUCAAGUUCAUCAUCAUCAUCGAAACAUGAUGAUCAAAUAUCUUCAUCUAUUUUACCAAUACCAUCUCAAACAAUAAACUUUUUUUCUCCAUCUUCGAUUGAAUCUAUUCAAACAUCUCAUCAUCAUUCAAAAAUAAAAAAAUCUUUAAAUCGACAAUUAUCAAAAUAUGAUCGUCGAUUAGAACAACAUGUACAUGAUAAUCAGACACAUUUAGAUGAAAUGAAUAUGCAUUUAAAAAAUCUGAAAUUAAUAUCAUCAACAUCAACAACAACAACAUCUUCAACGGAAUCGACUCCAACAAAAAUUCCUAUGCGUAUUAAUACAGAUACACAGAAAGCACUUGAACAUUUAAGACAAUUAGCAAGUAAUCCAUCGGCACUUGAACGUAUACAAACAUUAGCUAAUAAUCCUGAUUUAAUAAAAGAAAUACAAAAAAUUGCUAAUCAAAAACCAUUUAUUGAACAAUUAAGAACAUUACAACAGACAACAACAGGAGAAAAAAGUAUUGAUCAUGAUGCAAUUGUUAUAUCUUCACAACAACGUCAAAAUCUCAUUAUAGAAACAACUGAUUUACCUCCACCACCAUCACCUUCAACGACUGCUCGACAUUCAGUAUGUUGUGCUGAAUAUUCAUCUCAAUUGACAAAUUCAUCAUCAACAACAUUAUCUCAUUUACGUUUUCAAAAUCGAAUUGAUGUUGAUUGUGAAACGGAAUCAAAUCAUGAUACAGCAUUAACAUUAGCGUGUGCUGGUGGUCAUGAAGAACUUGUUCUUUUAUUAUUACAACGUAAUGCAAACAUUGAACAUCGUGAUAAAAAAGGUUUUACACCAUUGAUUCUUGCAGCAACUGCUGGUCAUGCAAAUAUUGUAUCAAGAUUAAUUGAACAUGGUGCCAAUGUUGAAGCUCAAUCUGAAAGAACAAAAGAUACUGCAUUAUCAUUAGCAUGUAGUGGUGGACGACAAGAUGUUGUUGAAGUUUUAUUAAAAAAUGGAGCUAAUCGUGAACAUCGAAAUGUUUCAGAUUACACUGCAUUAAGUCUUGCUGCUUCUGGAGGAUAUGUAACUAUUAUAAAAUUAUUAUUAAGUUAUGGUGCGGAGAUUAACUCGAGGACUGGUAGUAAAUUAGGAAUUACUCCAUUAAUGCUUGCUUCAAUGAAUGGACAUGUUGCUGCUGUUAAACUUCUAUUAGAUAUGGGUGCUGAUAUAAAUGCUCAGAUUGAAACAAAUCGCAAUACCGCACUGACUUUAGCUUGUUUUCAAGGACGAGCUGAAGUUGUUUCAUUAUUAGUUGAUCGUAAAGCAAAUAUUGAACAUAGAGCUAAAACAGGUCUUACACCUCUUAUGGAAUCUGCAUCGGGUGGUUAUGUUGAUGUUGGUCGAGUUCUAUUAGAACGAGGUGCUGAUGUUAAUGCACUACCAGUACCAACAUCGAAAGAUACUGCUUUAACCAUCGCUGCUGAUAAAGGUCAUCAUAAAUUUGUUGAAUUAUUACUUCUUUAUGGUGCCACAAUUGAUGUUAGAAAUAAAAAAGGUGCUACACCUUUAUGGCUUGCAUGUAAUGGUGGCCAUUUAGAAGUUGUUCAAUUACUAAUAACUCGUUUUGCAAAUCCAGAUUCCAGUGAUUCACGAAAAGUGUCUUGUUUAAUGGCUGCAUUUCGUAAAGGACAUAUUAAAGUUGUCAAAUAUUUAGUAAGACAAGUUCGACAAUUUCCUUCAGAUACAGAUUGUCGUCGAUUGAUAGGUACAAUAACUGAUAAAGAUUUAUUAAAAAAAUGUCAAACAUGUAUGGAUCAAAUAAUAUCAGCAAAAGAACGUCAAGCAGCUGAAGCUAAUAAAGCAGCAAAUAAUCUACUAAAAGAAAUUGAAUCAGAAAAAUCACGUGAACAAACUAAAAAAGAAGCUGCAGCUAAGAAACGUGAAAAACAAACCCCAAUGACUGUUCAACUUACAACAUACAAAGUUCAUACCUAUGAAGACGGUAGCAGAUAUGAAGGGCAAUGGGUGAACCAGAAAAAACAUGGAAAAGGCACACAAUAUUGGGCCAAUGGAGAUAAGUAUGCGGGUGAUUGGCUCGAUGACAAAAAGACAGGCCAAGGAAUUUUCACAUGGAAUAGUGGUGAACGUGGGGAUACAUAUACAGGUGAUUGGAUCGAUGGUAAGAAGUCAGGUCAAGGAAUUUACACAUGGUCUAAUGGUAAACAAUACGAAGGACAAUGGAAGGAUGGGAAUGUAUAUGGAAGAGGUAAAAUGCGUUAUCCUAAUGGUCAAGUAAAAGAUGGAAUGUGGUCGAAUGUUGAUUGUAUCGGCUAA